AUGUCACGCGCUUGUCUGCGCUGCAUUGCAAAGAAGCGUCGCUGCGACCAUGAGCGCCCCAUCUGUGGAUCAUGUGGCAAGCUCGAGGUCGAGUGCGAGUAUCCACCACCACAAGCACGACGCGGACCCGUCCCAGGCCUGUCCAAGCGCGCAGAAUGGCGCGUCCAGCAGUGCGAGAAUGCCAUGUGGUAUCUCCUCCAACUGCCCGAAGUCAACGAAGCGCUCAACCGGGUCGCCGGGGUAGAGACACUCCCGACGGCGCCGACGGCGCUCCUCGACCGAGUGGCCCGCUCGGAAUGGUGGGCCACCCAUCGCCUCGACAGCCCCGGCGAUAUCCUCCAGUACGGCCGCCUGUGUCAACAGCUGGACCCGAACAACGAAACCAACGCGCACCAGUCGGACACUGGAGGCCCCUCACAGCCUGGGAUCCUGUACCGGGGCCGGAUCCCGCCUCAUCUUCGUCCUCGCGAACUCGAGUACAAACUCGAGUGGAAUGAGGGCUACCACCUUGCCGAAAUGCCAUACGCGCCACUACCGCAAGGCGGCUACUUUGACAUCCAGCCGUCGCUCCCCGCGUCGCCGGAACCGCAGCACUCGUCGCUGUUCAGCAGCAGGCGCGAGAGCGCGCGCGACCUGCCGGGACUGAGCCCGCUCGAGGCCGCCAACGCAAACGACGCGGCCGCCGACGCCGCCGACCUGGAACGCAAGCGCGAGGCACAGCGCGACCGCGAGCGCGAACGGGACAGGGACAGGGAUAGGGAGAGCAGUGCAGGCGGCAGCGUGGCCGGCAGCGGCGGCGGCGGCGGGGGUGGCGGUGGUGGUGGGCUGGGCUUCCACCCGGGCCACGCCGACCCAUACCCGCCUCCCCCGCCAACACUGCCGCCUCCACACCCGAGCCAAGGACACUAUGCCGAGAACCAGCGACCGUACAUUGUGGAAAACCAGCGCCCGUUUAUUGUGGAGAACCAGCGACCGUUCAUUGUGGAGAACCAGCAGCCGUAUAUCCCCCACCACCACGACCUCGACCUGCGCCAACGCGACCGCGAGAGGGAACGCGACCGGGAACGCGAGAUGGACCGGGAGCGCGACCGCGAUCGCGAGCGCGAGCGCGAGAUGGACCGUGGAGGUGAUCGCGACUGGGAACGCGAACGCGAACGUGGCAGCGACAGCCGCGACUCGCUCGGCGGGCACGCCGCUGCGCCCGGUGCGCUGCCCGUCCCCGCCGGCCUCCCCGGCUCUGGCCCCGGCGCCGCGAUCCGCGACCGCGACCGUGACCGUGACCGCGACCGCGACCAGAAGUGGGCACCUGCAGCAGAAUACCCUGCCUCGUCGUCGCUGCGCAACUCGAUGGGCCCCAGCCUCUGGCAGCUGGUGACCGCCGCGAUCCCCGACGCAGAGGACGACAUGGUGCGCGACCAGGAGAGGCGGGACGCCGCCGACCGCGCCAACGCGAGGGAGAGGGAACGCGAGCGUGAAAGAGAGCGAGACCGCGAUCGCGAUCGCGAACUGCACGCGCUGCCGCGCGUGUCCCACGGGUCCCACGGGUCCCACGGAUACCACAGCCACCCGCACAGCCAGCAGCAGAGCCGCGGGGGAAGCGGCGACAUUGAGGAUGGCCGGUGGGAGAACGGGGCCACGGGCGUGCGGGGUCGUGAUGACGGGGACGGGCGCGAUGCGGCGGGUAAGCGGCGUAGGGACGAGUUGUGGUGA